AUGGCAAAAUCGACAUCAGUUUUAUCAUCAAUUUUUUAUCUUGCUCAAUCCUCUCAUUCGCGUAGUACCGUUUUGAUAACUAUAGUCACCUUGAUUACUUGUAUUAUGGUUUUUACAAUGGCUGGUCAAGCUAAUUCUAUGGCUUUGCAAGCAUAUUGUUCUUUAUGUAUAUUCGAUUUACUUUUCAUCGGAACAGCCUUAAUUUCUGCAUGGAUUCUGGAAAAUAAUAAUACAAACGUUCUUAAAAGAGUUCAAAAUCCAAAUAAUUUCGAUAGCACCGCCACGAAUAGUGCAACGUCACUUUUUAUUCCAACACAAACCAUUGCAACAUUUUCAUAUGGAACAGCUCGUUUUGAAGUAUUAGCUGUUUUUACAUCAACGAUGCUUUCAAUACUCGGAGCAUUUUUUAUUCUGAAAGAAUCUAUUGAAAAAUAUCUUGAAGAUGAAACAAUUCAUACUGAAUAUAUUAUGUUAGCAUCAAUGUCAACAUUAGUUAUUCAUAUGAUUGUUAUUUAUUUUGUACGAAAUCAAGCAUUUGAUCAUGUGAUUGCUGCUAGCUCAUCAAGCUGGUUACAAGAACAUGUUAGUGAUAUGUUUCAAAGUGUUUGUCAUUACAUUCCAGGUUUAAGUCGUCUUCUUUUACCGCGUAUUAAUCCAUUAGCAUUAUUGUGUUGGUGUGGUCUAGCUAUUGUAUUAUCCGAUUCAUUUCUUAUAACAAUGGGCUAUGGAAAUUUUGUUGAUACAUUAUCAUCAGUAUUCAUGGCUUUUAUGACAUUUGGUACGAUGGUUCCAAUAGCAACAUAUAGUGGCAAAAUAUUAUUGCAAACAACGCCAGCACAUAUGAUUAGUCAAAUGGAUAAAUGUCUUCAUGAAGCAUCAAGACUAGAUGGCGUGUUAGAACUUCGGCUUGAACAUUUUUGGGCUUUAUCAUUUCGAACACUUGUUGGUUCGCUACAUGUUCGAUGUCGAAGAGAUGCUGAUGAACAACUAGUCUUAGCACAUGUAUGGAACAAACUAGCCGAUGUUGCUCAAAUUCUAACAAUUCACAUAUUCAAAGAUGAUUGGUUACGACGGCAAACACAUGCAUUCAUGCAACCUCAAACCGGUAAUUCAACUAUUCCACAUAAUCCUUCCAAUUAUAACGAUUUUGUUGUUGUUAGAUAG